AUGAUGAGAAUUAGAAUACUUCUGCUCGCGUUCGGGGUUGUGACUGAGGGGUGGUGCCUCGCGCCGCCCUCGCCACCCCCCGACGACCGCCCAAUGGAAAUCCCGGAAAACUUGAGAGGGAGACAGCUAGACACGCCGGCCGUCGUUUUGCAAUUGAAAUACGACGAUGGGGAACUGGAUAGGAUAUAUCUGGCUCAGUUCAGGAGGGGCAACGCGCCCGUCGAGCCCCCAGUCCCGGCCCGGACCGAGCUGUGUGCGGACCUAUGCCAUUCAGGUCUUGGCGGGGCGGUUUGUGGCGGGACUUGCACCCAGAUGAUCCCCGUCGGUCUACAGUCUGCCCUGGAGGAAACCAACAGCACUGAUGCAAUAUACGGAGAGCCUCGAUUCUCUGUGUGUCCUGCGCUCUGCGGCAACAGCUUAGGCUAUCCAUUAUGUAACUGCGUGCACCCUGAGGAAGAUCACGCCGUGGACUGGAGCGCCGUCUGCACCGCAUUCUGCACUGAUGGAUACACGCUGGGAGGUUGCCCAGCCUGUGCCUCCCAACGGAGCAGCCUCGUGGCCGUCGCUGGUCGGAUCCUCAACACUUCCGAGGGUUGGCAGGCCUGGUGCAACGUCCAGUGCCGCCAGGGGCAUGGUGGGGCCGCGUGCAAUUGCGAUCGAACACCAUUCCAGUAAAUAAAUAUGAAACUAUGAAGUUUUUCGUAAUGGCAUCAAGAUUCAUGACUAACUCGAUAAUUUAUAUUUAUAUAUUUGCUUUUAAAUAAUCAUAAUAUUAAUUUAUUUAUCUGCAUUCGUAAUUAAUUGCUUUUAACACAAUUGUUGUAAUGGUGACUCGUCUGGGAAUUAAGAUCAA